AUGACAACAUUAAAUUUAGCUUCACCUGUUCAUCUUCAAAUUCAAACUAUUUUUGGUGUUCGAUCACAACUUGAUUCAUGUUUAUUUUUUUGUGAUGAACAUACAGUUAUUUAUCCAGCUGGAAAUCAAUUUAUUCUUGCUAAUGUUGAAACCAAAGGUCAACGUAUUUUUCGAUGUAUUGAAUUAGAACAUAUCGAUUGUAUUAUUGUACAUUCGAAUGCUGCUAUUAUUGCAAUUGUUGCUAGUGGUAUGAAUCCUGAUAAAGAAAAUACUACUAUAUCUUUUUAUGAUUUACAUACAACAAUUGGAAAAAGAAAACGAAUGUUUGAAUUACGUGAUACAUCAAUGACAAUAACAUCAAUGGCUUUUUCACAUGAUGCUAAACAUUUAGCUAUACUGGAUUGUGGAAAUCGUGAAUAUACACUAUCACUUUGGCUUUGGCAAAAAUCACGUCUUGCAGCAUCAAUUAAAUUAGGUCAAACUGAAGGUGUAACUGUUCUAUCACAAGUAUUAUUUCAUCCAAGUGAUAAUAAUUUAUUAUCAAUUAUUGGAAGACGAUUUUGUCGUUUUAUUCGACAUCUUGAUGGAAAUUUAAGAAUUCAAUCAUCAUCAGCAAAACUUGAUCAAUAUGAUUUUAUCUCACAUGCAUGGUAUGAUUCAAAUCGUUUUAUAGCAGGUACAAGUAAUGGACAUGUUUGUGUUUUAUUCAAUGGUGAUGUUCAAACAGAAAUUGAUGUUGUUGAAUUUCGAGAACGAUCAAUACCACCAAUUCAACGUGCUGUAUCAAUAAAUUCAUCUUUGGGUAAAAGUAUUUCACGAUCAGGAUUUUAUCCAAAUCAACAAGAAAAUCUUGAUACAUUACGUUCUACUGGUGAAGAAGUUACAUCAAUUAGUGUUGUUAAUAAAGGUUUCUUUUGUCUUGUUGGUGGAAAACGUUUAUGUCUUUUUUCAAAAAUUGCCGAUAGUUGGGAUUUUGCUAAAGCUCGUGAAUAUGUUAUACCUAGUAAUGAAAUAGGUACAGCUCGUUCAUCAACAAUUAGUUAUUUAAGUUCUUCACAAAUUUUACAUGAUAAACAACAACAACAACAACCAUUAAAUAAUACUCAUUCAAUGUGGAAAGUUGUUGUUAGUCCAAAAGAAGAACAUGUUUUAGUAUUAACAAAUAAACAACAAAUUUAUUCCGUAUCUGAUAUGGCAAAAGAUCAAUCAGCUGAAUCAAAAGAACCAUUUCUAUUAGAAUUAAUUUUUAAUUCUUAUCAUCAAUUAUCAAUACGUGGUUUAGAUAUAGCUAUACAAAAACCAUUAUUUAUUUCAUCAGGUGAUGAUCAUACUGUUCGUCUUUGGAAUUAUGAAACAAAUACAAUUGAACAAAUGAAAAUAUAUAAUGAACCAGUUUAUGCUAUAACAAUGCAUCCAAGUGGACAUCAAAUUGUUGUUGCAUUUGCUUCAAAAGUUUCUCUUAUGAAUGUAUUAAUUGAUGGAUUUGCAACUGUUAAAGAAUAUCCAAUUCAUGCAGCACAUCAAGUUAAAUUUAGUAAUGGUGGUCAUUUAUUUGCUGUGAUUGAUGCGAAUAUAAUUCAAAUAAUGUCUCCAGUUUAUCUUAAAGUUAUUCAUCGACUUAAUCAUGGACAAACUGUUAAAAAAAUCUUAUGGACAAAAAAUGAUCUUGCACUUUAUUCACAAUCAUCAAAUUAUUUUGUUAUAUGGGAUUUAGAAAAUCAAAAAAAAAUCUUUGAAUUAAAACCAACUUAUCGUCUUGAUGGAGGUUUUAUUGCUGAUCGAGAAGAUAAAAUUGUUUAUUUAGCUUCUGAUGAUGGAUUUAUUCGUGCUUUUCAUAAUGGACAAUUAAAUCAUGAAGCUCAAUUACCACAAGAUGAUAAACCAAGUUGUUUAGAAAUUUAUCCAAGUAACGGAGCAUUACUAUGUGGUACACAUCGUGGUUCAAUUUAUGUUCUAAAAACUCCAUUAGCAAAAAUAUUAACUGGAAUAUUUCAUUAUUUAGCUCAUUCGGCAAGAAUUACACAGAUUGUUGUUGCAUUUCAUGAAGCACUUAUUAUUAGUUGUUGUGAAGAUGGUAUUUUGAUGUUAUGGGAAACACAUAUAAAAUCAUCGACAAAAAGUGAAGAUUGGACAUCAGUUGUACUUCAUAAUAAAGCACGAUUUAUUCAUUUAUCACAAACAAUUGAAGCACUUCAAAUUGAAGAACAUGAACUUAAACGUAAUCAAGAAUAUCGUUUACAUCAAAUGGAAACAACAUAUUUGGCUGAUUUACAACGUCGUACAGAUAUGUCUGUAAAUGAACGACGACAUCAUGAAAAUCUAAUAGAACAUCAAAUAAUUGAAAAAGAAAACGAACAAAAAGAUUUUGAAAUAAAAUAUGCUGAUCUACAAGAAAAAUAUGAAAAUGAAAAACAACGUAUUGAAGAAGAAGAUCGAGAAAAUCUUGGUCGUGAAUUACAAAAAGAAGGCGAUUUAAUACGUUUAGCACAAAAAAUUAUGGAAGAUAAUGAAUCUCGUCUUAAAUCAACAAUAGAAGCAAGUGAAAAUGAAAUACGUGAUAUAGCUGAAUAUUUUACUGGAAAAAUUCGUGAAACAGAAAAUGAAUUAACAGCUUUACGUAAAAAAACUCGUCAAGCACUUGAGUCAAAUGAAAUUGAAAAGAAAAAUCUUGAAACUGAUGUUGAUGAUGAACAAUUAAAAAUUAAACUUGAAUUUGAAAUGGAAAGAAGACAUCUUAUUGAAACUAAUGCAAAAUUACAAAAACAAUUUAAAGAAACACAUGAAUAUCAAGCUCAUAUUUUAAAUGUUAAACAAGCUGAACAAGAAGCAACUGCUCAAACAGUUAAAAAACGUAUUCAAGAUAAUGUUCUUCGUGUUCAAGGUAUGUCAGAAGAAAUAUCUUCAUUAAAAAAUGAAAUCAAUGAACGAAAACAAACAAUAACUGAAAAAGUUGAUCGUAUUAAUGAUCUUGAAUUAAAAAAUCAAGAACUUGAAAAAUUUCAAUAUGUACUUAAGUAUAAAAUAGAUGAAUUAACACGUUUAAUUAAACCACGUGAACAAGAAAUUGAACGUAUGCGAAAUCAAUUACUUGAGAUGGCUAGUGAACGAGAAAAAAAAGAGAAUGAAUUAAGUCGAAAUCGUUUUCAUAAUGUUGAACAAAAACGUACAUUACAUGCUGUCGAUACACAAGUUGAACAUGAACGUCAAAAAAGAAAAGAAUAUGAUAAUGCAAUGCGACGUAUAAAAAAUGAUAUACUAGUACAUUUUGCUGAUAUUAAUGAUCCAAAACGUGUUAAAAAUGCUGUUGCUUAUUUAUAUGAAAAACAUGUACAAAAUGAUAAUGUAAAAAAUAUAUAUAUAACAGCUGAUGUAAGUGGUGGUUUAUCUGAAGAAAUAUUAGCUCAAGAUCGUCAACGAUUAUUUCUUGAACGAACAACAUCAGAUUUAAAAAGAAAAUUAAAUAGUGAUUUACAUACAACAAAAGCAAAUCGAAUGAGAAUUAUGAAUGAAAAUGCACUUCUAUUACAAGAAUUAAAUAAUUUACGUCAAGAAUUGAAAAUUAUUCGAGGUAGAACACAAGAUUAUGAAAUUGCAAAAAAAACAUUUGAUGAACGAGGAGUACAUAGUAUUGAUGCUCUUGUACAAACACUUAAUGCUGACGCAGGUAACUACGUUGUUCGUCAUCGUAAUAGUGAACUUAUUAAAGAAGUACAAAAAAAUCAACAAGAAAUUCUUCGUCUUCGACAACAUCUAUCACGAGUUCAAGCUGGUUAUAGUCCAUCAUCAAUGGAUACAAAUAUUGAUGAUGAAACAGCGAAUAUUUCUAUUCUUAAACUUGUUUGA